AUGAACCACGAAAUGAAAAAUUGUGUAGUAGUGCUAACAAAUUUUGUUGAUGUAAUUAAUAAAUCUAAACAUGGUAAAAUAACAAGAGGUGCUGUGAAAAGACUCAGUAAAGAUGAUAUUGCUGAUUUUGUUAGAGCAUUAAGUAGUGGUAAAUCGAAAAAUGCUAAAUCAAAGAAAGCUCAAGCAAAAAAAGUUGAAUUGAAAAAAGCUCUAAAAAAAGGAGCUCAAUUAAAAGAAUCUUCAUCACAAGAAGUUCAAUUUAAAGAUGCUCAAUCACAAGAAGUUCAUUUAAAAGAUGCUCAAUCAGAAGAAGCCGAAUCAAAAUUUUCUGAGUUAAAAGAAGUUGAAUCAAAAGAAGUUCAUUCAAAAGAUCUAACACGAGAAGCUAAAACAGAAGAAGUUAAUUCAAAAGAAGAUCAAUCACGAGAAGCUGAAUCAUAUGAAGUUGAAUCAAAAGAAGUUCAUUCAGCAGAAGAUCAAUCACGAGAAGGUGAAUCACAUGAAGUUCAUUCAGAAGAAGAUCAAUCACGAGAAGCUGAAUCAAAGGAAGUUCAUUCAGAAGAAGAUCAAUCACAAGAAGGUGAAUCACAUGAAGUUCAUUCAGAAGAAGAUCAAUCACGAGAAGCUCAAGCUGAAUCCCAAGAAGUUUCCCAAGAAAUAUAUCCUGUUAUUGACUUAGAAAAUCAAAACAACGAUGAAGAUGCAGAGUUUGAAGUUUAUCAGGAUUUAUUAAGCAAUAUGUGCCAAGUGGACAUUGAAGAUGGACACUCAGAAAUAAACACUGAAGCCACAAAAGAAAACCCAAAUAACAUUUUCAAAUGCACAAAAUGCGAAAAAGCUUACACAAAAAAAAGCUCUUUGUUGAAACAUUCUGCAAACCACGAAAAGAAAAGUUACAAAUGUGAAUUCUGCGAAAAGGUAUUCAUUCUUCCCAAGUCAUUAUACGAUCACAUAGAAAAACAUAAAGAGAAAAAAGAUUAUCUUAUAGAUACCUCUAACUAUCUUCAUAAAUGUAAAGUUUGUAAUAAGUCUUUUAAAUUCCUAGCUGGUUUAGGCACUCAUUCUCGAAUACACCAGCAAGGGUUCGAAUGUAAAGUAUGUGAUGAAAAAUUUGUAAAACAUAUACAACUGCAGAAGCAUAUGGAAACCCAUGUCGGCCAGAAGUCAUAUCAAUGUAAAAUUUGUAAAAAAAAUAUUAAGCGUAUGAAAACUCUUUUACAUCAUGUAAAAUCACAUGGAUUGAAGCGAUAUAACUGUAAGAUUUGUGAGAAAAAGUACGUUUAUAAAAGGGAUUUGGAUUGUCACAUGGACAAUCAUUUAAAAGGGAUGACUUGUAGAAUCUGUAAUAAAGAACUUACUACUCAUUAUUUGUUGACAAAGCAUAUGCAGUGGCAUCAACGGAAAGGACAUGAAAUGGUAAAUGAUAAUGGUAAGUCAAAACGAAUAGGAUCGGGUUCAUAUAAAUGUAAAAAGUGUCCUUACGAAACCUCCAUAAGUUUAGAUUUGUUUAAACAUUCCCUAACAUGCAACCCACAGCCUGUGGUUCUUUUGAAACGACUCCCUGAUGUAAAACCUGAUAUCAAAUGUUCAACAUGUGGACAAGUAUUUGAAACAAAGGAUCUUUUACUCGAGCACUUCAAAAUGCACGCGAAACAAUACAAGUGCGAUUGUUGUGAAGCUUUGUUCAGCAAAUUGACCGAUUUGCGAGACCAUAGGAAAAUCCACCAAGGAUUCCAACCAUUCAAAUGUCAUCUUUGUCCAAAGCAGUACAAAAAUGAGCAAUCAUUAGUAGCACAUGUAAACGCACAUUCAGAAGACUGUAAAUACAAAUGUGAACUGUGUGGUCAAACUUUUAUGCAAAGAAUAAAACUAAUAGGUCACAUGGAAAAGCAUUCUGGUGUACUAAUUUAUUGUAAAAUAUGCGAGAGGGCAUUUACAAAUUCAAUCACUUUAAAAGCACACAUGCUUAACAAGCAUUCAACCACCGGGAAGUUCAAAUGUGAAACCUGCAGUCUAGUUUUAAAAAAUAGACGAGCUUUAUUUAUACAUAGGGAAGAGCACGCUGAAACCAAACCACUUGUAUGUGACAUAUGCAACAAAUCAUAUUAUUUUCACUGUAAUUUCAAAGAUCACAAGCGAAGUCACUCCUUAAAACAAAGAUCAGCCCUCGUUUGCAAGUAUUGCAAUGAGAGGUUCAAAACAGAAAAAAAUUGUGUUAUGCACACUGAAUUUGAACAUUUAAAAAAACAGUCGCACAUGUGCACUAUUUGCAAUGUGGGUUUUGCUAGUCAAAGUUUGCAAACUAAUCAUAUGAGAUUGCACACAAGCCAGAGGCCCUUUGCUUGUGGAAAAUGUAACAAAACUUUUCGGAUUGCGUCUAAACUAAGAGAACAUGAGCGAAAACAUUUCGAAAAAGAAGCAUGUAAAUUAUGUGGUAAACAAUAUAAACCAUAUGCACUUGAUAGACAUAUGCAAUCACACGAGCAAUCACAUGUGAUGAAUUUUGGGAACCAUUUUAUUAUGAAUGAGUCUUAA